UCCCAAAUUUGUCAGAAACAAACCUUGUGGGGAUGGAUUGGCUGUCAAAUUUUUUUAAAAAGUAAUUUGACAUCUGUACAAAAGUUCUUAUUAGAACAAGGCUUUGCUUGACCGUGAACUGUUGAAAGGCUAUAAACCAUGGACAUCGAACGCUUAAAGAAUGAGGCAAAACUUGUCCUUUGUCGAAAAUAUUAUUAUGCUGGAUUUGCAUUCUUGCCGUUCUUAUGGACCAUUAAUGCUGUUUGGUUCUUUCGAGAAGCAUUUCACAAGCCUGAAUUUGACGAACAACCUCAAAUCAAACAAUAUGUAGUUCGAUCAGGAAUUGGGGCAUUUCUAUGGAUGAUGAUUUUCAUUGGUUGGACCUGUGUCUUUCAGAGUAACAGAGCUACUUGGGGAGAACUUGGGGACCAGCUAUCAUUUGUGAUUCCACGGGGCAUACCAUGAUUUAUUAAAUGUGACAUGUGGUGACGCCCAUUUCUGUCUUGAUGAAGUUCACUCAUUAAAUUUCCCACUUGCAUGUGAAAUAGUAGCAUACUUUGAAUAAAAUUUGUGCAAGUAAAUUAUA